AUCGCCCGGUACUAGCAUGUUCUCGGGAAUGAAAAAUACAAAUCGCUGUUUACCUUCGAAGAAAUGGGAUGUGAAACCACCAUGCUGUCAAGCACCUUGUCCAUCCAGUGCCAAGAUGGAUGCUGUUAUCAUAAUGGAUUCGUCUGGCUCGGUGGGGGUAGCCAACAAUUGGGAAAUCAUGUUCACCUUUGUUCAAUCAUUGAUUAGAGCAUUUCCAAUAUCUCGGAAUUUAACGCGGUUUGCCAUGUUUCGGUAUCACACUUGGGUUGACGAAGUAUCUGCCACUCGCCUGGAAAAUUAUGACCGAUUGCUAGACGGAUUACUGUAUAACAUGAAGAAAAUAGGUUUUCCAGCAGGAAAAACUAGGACCGGAAUGGCUCUACGUUAUGCAGAAAACAAAAUAUUGAGAUCAACAGCAAAUCGGCCAGAUGCACGAGAUCUUGUCAUUUUGCUAACUGAUGGAAACCCCAUCGAUAAUGCGGAGAAUCCGGCAAAAAUUAUCAGGGGAAUGGGAAGAACGAUUAUUGUGAUUGCAAUCGCACCACGAUACGGCUCUCUGUCAAUGGAUAGAUUCUACGUUCUAGCGGGUGAUCCUUCAAAUGUUUUUCUGAUUGAUGGAUUUCGGCGGCUCGAUGCUGAACUUCUAAGAAAUCUGAUAAAUAAAAUUUGCAACGACAUAUGCAUAAAUACUGAAAUUAUUCAAUAAAUCAAUUUUAAUGUU